CUGCAACAGAGCCCCACCCAGCUCUGGCAAUCGCGAGGACUUUUCACGGAGUAUCAAUGCUGGACUAUUUACCGUAUCACAAUCGGAGAGCUCAACCUCUUCCACUCAGGAUGGCCAAUGCAUCGUGAUUGUCCAGAACCCACGUGCUCAUGCCAAGCCGAAACAAUCGAUCACAUCGUAUGGACUUGCGAGAAGGCCCAACUAGCUUGGCAACGCUGGGUUUCGAAGUGGCUCGGCAGAGCAUGUCCACUCAGCGAAAUGACAAAACUUCAAGCAGCACUUGCAACGCGAACAGCUCCAGGCACGACCCAUGACUUUUUAGCACACGCACAACACUGUAUACCAGCCUGGACACCCCACCACGAUGAAGCAAUGACGACGAUAUGGCGGGUCUGGGCCACAGUGACUCCUGUUUUGCUGUGGCGCCUGAGAAACGAUGCUGUCUUCAACAAUGAACGAACUUCCCCGAGUGACACCAGCGCUGCAGUCUGGUCAGCAGGAAUCUACCAACUGCAAGCAAUUGGAGCGGCCUGGAAGAAAUCGAACAAGACCCGAAUCAAGGCAUGGUGUUUAGAAACAUGCUUAAGCAUUUUG